ACACUGGAAACACCCAAUUUUGAGCCAUGCAAGCCGAGCAGCUGGCAAGCCUCCGAGAUAGAGAGCUUCAAUUGCUCAAGGAGAAAGAGGAGAUUCUUGCUGAACUCAAGAGGUGGGAUGAGGAGAUCUCCUGGAAGAAAUAUGCUGCUGAAGAAUUGGAGAAAACCUUGGAGGCUCUGCGACAGGGAAGCGACGCCGGGCAGCUGCCUCGGUGUGCUGCAGAACUACGACAAGGAACUGCGAGCACCCAGCCAAAAGAGAUUGUUGUGGAGGACACAGAUGAGUUGCAACAGCGCCUGUCCGCAGCUCUGGCAGACCUGUCGAAACCACUGGAGAACCCUUGGAAUGAGGAGAGCUUCAAGCGACAGUUUCACGCCGAUGAUGACCAGCUGGCAGACUUUUUGAAGGGCCUCACGGCGGAGCAGCGCUUGGUGUGGGAGCUGCAGAAUGUGCCGGAAGUCAGUCCUAGAUUGGACCAAAGAUUGAUAGCAGAUUUGAAGAAAGCUGGAAAGAAGGCAGAGGUGGAUGUGCUAAGUGCUGCAGCGGGCGCUCCAAACGAUGCGGAGCGGCAGUAUCGCGCACUGCUGUGGCUUCAUCACAAGGAUUUGAAUGUGUCCCAUGUGGAGCCAGGAGCUGGAUCUCAAUCAUUGCUCACCAUUGCUUGCAGACAUGGUCAUUGUGAUGUUGCUGCAGCGCUGCUUGAGCGCAAGGCAGACAUCAACCACAGAAGCAGCUCACAACUGACUGCCUUAUCCGCAGCUUGCGAGAGAGGUAGUACGAGUUGCGCACGGUUGCUUCUGCAAGCUGCUGCUGAUUGCAACGAGGCAAGCAAGGGCUGUAGCAUGCUCGCAGUUGCUGCCCGUUGUACUGCUCCGGAUCAAGGUCUCGCCCUAACGAAGCUGCUCUUGGCUUUCCGUGCUGACACAAACCAGGCCGACCCUUUCGGCCAAACGCCACUGAUGGUUGCUGCAGCAGCGCGAAAUCCGCGCUGCUGUGAAGCUCUGUUGGAAGCUGGCGCAUGCGUGACAGAUGAAGACAAUGAGGGCAAGAGUGCUGCGAAGCGGGCCAAAGAGCAAGGUCUUGAUGGUCUUGCAGCCAAGCUGUGUGCAGACGAGAAAUGGAAGUUGGAUAAGAUCGCCAGCAUUCGCCAGCUCCUAGCUGCAGUCGGUUCUGCAGCCAUGGGGUCGGAGACGAAGGUAUAUGUCGGAAAUUUGUCGCACAGUACCACCAAAGAAAGCCUCGAGUCGUCUCGACUGACGAGUUGUGCCAACUGUCUGGGUGACUGUAGUUGGAUUAGAAGGUAGAUUCCAGGUAGACAGAUGCAUCUUAGGUAGUGAGUUGGUAGUGAUGUAGUUUUUGCAUCCAGAUUUCGCUGAGCGCCCAUAGCGGCCAAGUUUCUGGCAUGAACCAGC